CACAGCAGAACCAGCAGAGGCAGAUGCAGCAGAACCAGCAGAGGCAGAUGCAGGGGGUCGGGUCAGCAUUGCAAAUGGGGAAAGGGAUGCCGCCCUCAGUCUUCCCUGUGGCACAACAAAUUCCUACUUCGUUCGGUGACACAGGUGGUUCAGGUACCAAGAGGUCCUCUGGGUUUGCUCUCCACUCCACUAUGAUUCCUCCCGCUGAGCCAGUCCCGAACAUCGUCCAGUCUCGGAUGCCUCCCAGCAGGCAGUAUCCAGCACAGAGGUCUCCAACUCCAGCAAUGAUGUUUGACUACACAGCGUCCACACCAAGAGACUUUCCCCAUACCUGCUCUCUAUGUUCCAAAGAAUGCAGUAACGUAAGGGAUUGGAUCUCCCACCAGAACACCAGCCUUCACCUUGAGAGCUGCAAAGUCCUACGGGCAAAAUACCCGGACUGGAAUGGCCAGAUUGUUGCUCAUCCCAGUAAUGCGGGAAAAGAUGUCAAGCCCUCGUCCUCAACUUCCUCACAGGCUUCUUCAGAACAGCGUUGCAAGAAAACCAGCCCUCGUAGGCAUCACAGCUCAGAGAGUAGAAGAGAAAAACGCAGCCGUUCACAAUCACCGCACAGCUCCAGAUACAAGCGCAGUUCCCGGUCACGAUCAAGGAGCAAAGAAAGGGAGAAGAGGAAAAACGAGAGAAGUUCUUCUCCACGGAGGAACAAUAAGAGAAGAUCCUCUCCAAAAGGGAAUGAUGAUAGAAGGUCUUCUUCAAAGAGGAGCGAUGAUAGAAGGUCUUCUCCAAAGAAGUGCGAUGAUAGAAGGUCUUCUCCAAAGAGGAGCGAUGAUAGAAGGUCUUCUCCAAAGAGGAGCAAUGAUAGAAGGGCUUCUCCAAAGAGGAAUGACGAUAGAAGGUCUUCUCCAAAGAGGAGCGACGAGAAAGGGUCUGCUGCAAAGAGGAGCGACGAGAAAGGGUCUUCUGCAAAGAGGAGUGACGAUAGAAGGUCUUCUCCAAAGACGGACGACAAGGAAAAGUCUUCUCCAAAGACAGACGAUGAGAAAGGGUCUGCUGCAAAGAGGAGCGACGAGAAAGGGUCUUUUGCAAAAAAGAGUGACAAUAGAAGGUCUUCUCCAAAGACAGACAACAAAGAAAAGUCUUCUCCAAAGACAAACGAGAAGGAAAAGUCUUCUCCAAAGACAAACGAGAAGGAAAAGUCUUCUCCAAAGACAAACGACGAGGUAAAGUCUUCUCCAAAGACAGGGGACGAGGAAAAGUCUUCUUCAAAGACAGACGACGAGGAAAAAUCUUCUCCAAAGACAAGGGACGAGGAAAAGUCUUCUCCAAAGAGGAGCGAUAAGAAACGAUCUUCACCAAGGAGGACUGACGAGAGACGAACCUCUCCAAGGAGGACUGAUGAGAGACGAUCUUCACCAAGGAGGACUGACAAGAGAAGGUCAUCACCUAGAGGAGGCCAUGGAAAAAGAUCAUCAUCAGAACAUUCCCCUGAAAGGAAGAAGGCGAGCAGUGCAGAGAGGCUGGUGAAGGAAAUACUACAAAAAUCAGCUGCCCAGUCUUCUUCCAGAGAGCCCGACCUCGAAGCAGUCGUCAAAACUCUGGCUCCUGCUUUGCUGGCUGAGCUUGCCAAGAUGAAGUCUUCCUCAUCGUCAUCUUCGUCGUCAACAAGAGGAAAGCGCUCGCAGUCCUCCUCGUCUGCUGGGAGGAAGGGUUCUUCCUCUGCUGCCUCUUCAUCAUCCUCAUCUGCUGCAGCAAAGAAGGAGUCCACCACCACACCACCCAAGGCCAAUGUGCAGAAAAGCAAGAUGGGCAAAUCUCCACCUCCAACCAUGGUGAAGCUAAAAGGCGUUCUCAGCUCUCUGUCUCACAGUGAAGUGGUCAGUGCGGUGGAGCAGUUUGGAAAAACAAAAUCAGUCGUUCUGUUUCGUGCCAGGUUGGAGGCAGUCGUGUGUUUCGAGAAAGAGGAGGAUGCUAAAAAACUGAGGAGUGCAAGGAAAGUCAUCAUGAAAGGGAUUCCGGUGGCUGUUUUUCUAGAAGAGGAUACUGAAACGAAAAAGACUCCUCAGAAAAAACCUGUCGACUCUACGCCUCAAACCACCAAAUCCUCAACAGCGACUGCACCAAAAAAGGCUACGCCUGACAAAACGUCGCCAGACUGUCCCGUGAAGCCUUUGUCUUCACCCUCUGAGACCCAAACAACCCAAGCAGGCGAACCUACCAGUGACAAAACCCCUGCUAAAAGCUCAAAUGCCAUCGAUAACGCAGAAGUCUUGACCAAUCAAAAUGAGACGGGAAACGCAACUGUUGCUGAACCAACUGAAGCAGGGGUCAAAGAAACAACGUCCGCUAUACAGGAAAUUGAAACACCAAUGGAGAAUUUGAUCUCACCUGAAGGUAUAAAAAAAGAACGGGAAGAAGAACAAACUUCAGAACCCACAAACAUUCUGUCUACAUCCACAUCAGAAAAUCCCCCUGAUCUUAGGUCCGAAGACUCAAUGGGUCAACAGUCUGUGGUGCUGCCAGGAAAUACAAUGAAGUUUGAAACAAGAGAUCCGACAGUCUCUGAACUGAACUGCGCGGUAGAACCAAGCAAAGCUGAUGGUCAGGAGAAAGAAGCUGAAGACGUUGAACCGAUGGAGGUUGGAGAAACGGGAGCUGAAGUAGCGCAGCCCAUGGAAGCCACAAGUGGUGCUCCCGACAACUCAGGAGAAAACCUGAUGCACACAGAGGCUGUACCAGACGAUUCCAGGGAGAGUCAACCACUUACCAGUGCAGAUGAGACCAGACCAGAUUUGUCUGCAUCUGAAACUUCUGCUGUUCCACCUCAGAACACCGAAGUGCCCUCUGACAUUAAGACUCCAGAAACCCCUGUUAAAGCAUCAGCAGAGGACCCUGAACCAGAGUCUGCUGCACCAGGAUUGGAGGCGAAGGUGGAGGCUUCACAACCUUCAAGUCCCACUGAAGACGGCAAUUCUGCACCGUCACUCACCCUCGGUUUAAAGAGCCUCAAUGAGCAUCUUGAAGACUCAGGUGAAACCACUAAGUCAGUUGAUCUUUCCACUCAGCCUCCCCCUCUCAAACUUGGUGAUGAUGCGGAACCAGCAGCACCUGAUGAAUCCAGCACUUGUGAAAAAGUCACAGUUGACUUGUGUUCCACCGCUGCAGGUGACAACGGGAGCAAACUGGGAGCAGAGGAUGCCUGUGUCUCCACUAUUUCUCCAACAGUAAAUGAAGAUGUGGACUCUCCAGCUGAGGAAAGUCUCACCACAUCUAACAACACCGCAGAACUACUUCACGUUGACCAGGACACAGUUGUGGCCAUUAAAGCAUUAGUUCAACAGCACAAACUCGCCCAAGCAGGCAGGACUCUGAGUGAGGAGAGAGAGAUCUCCAUCAAAACCAGUACAGACUCAGCUGAUGAAAAAGAUGAAGACAUGCCACAAGAAAAGGCUCAGAAUGAUUCUCCAGUUGAGCAAUUGUUCAACAUGGAAGAUUUUGUUACUGUCGAUGAAGUCGGUGAUGAUGUGGGAAAAGCAAAUCCAGACCCACAUCGACUCUCCUCGUCUGAACAAUCCGGUUGUGAUUCCAGACAAACCUCAACAAAGGCCUCCUCCUCGUCCAAGUCCACUGACGUGUCCACGAAGAGAAUCUCAUCCUCCAACUCGAAAUCUGUGUCACCCAAAAGAUUGAAGGAGUCGUCCGAGUCCACCAAACCCUCCUCCUUUGGUCACAAAGAACAGCGUAAAACAAAGCCUCCGGUCAAAGCAACAACACCCUCAAGUCAUAGGACCAGAUCGUCUUCUGCUGCAUCCACACGGGAAAAGAUGGAGCCAUCUGUGGAGACUCCCCCUGAGUCAGAGGGUGCAGUUGCAAAGCCUGACCACACGGUGCCAGCAGAGGACACUUCUGUAAAAACUGUUGAGUCAGAAACAUCAGAGAUGCAACCACCUGCACAGAUCAUGGAUCUGGAGACUGAUUUUAAGGACAAGACCGUCAAAGACCUGGAGAAAGGUAAAGAUGAUUCGGUGGAAAAUACGAAGGAGGUGGAUGUUGGUGACAAUGUACAACUUGUGGAAUCAUCAGAUAUUCAAACACACGAGCAGAUGGAUGAUGGGAACCAAUCACAAUGCUCUGACACCCAGCUGCCUGACCCUAAGAACCUGGUAAACCAGGUCCUGGACAGUAUUGAUGAUGAAAACAACUGUCCCGUGGUGAGCAGUGAAAAGGAACUGGACACAUCUUCUCAAGUGGUAGAUCAUGCUAUUGAAGACCGAGUAGGAAACGAAAAUGCACCUGAAACCAAAAUCGGUGAAGUCAUGGAUACCAGUUUGAAACCAGAAGAAAAUCAGAUGAAGACAAAACAGGAUGAAGAUGAGGUUGAAGGCGGAAUGACAUCAGCAGAAUCCCACAAAAAUAUCAAGAAGCCUAAUGGUCAAAUCCCAAAACUUGAUGUGAAAGACGUAGACAGUGACGUAACUGAACAAGAAACCUUUGAGAUACUGGAUUCAAUUGAUACAGCAGAAGAUGACGGUCAAACUCCGUGUGAUACAACUCCCAAAGACGACCUGAGGAAUAUGGACGAAGAGGAAGAUCUGUAUCAGGUCGUUGAUUCUGUUGGAGAUCUUCCCACAACUACAGAGACGGAGUCUGAAGCCGACAGCAAGGCACUCAAAAGCAAGAAAGUUGAAGUGGAUAUAAAAGAUGAUAAAUCAUCAAAGAGGAACGUUACAAGGACCAGAGCAUCAAAAAGCGAAGAGAACAAAUCACAGAAGAAACAGGACAGGACAGUAAAAAAGUAUGAAACACGAACAAACAGGGACACCACCACAGAAGUUUCUAAUAAAGACCAAGAGUCCGGAGCAGUCACUGACCAUAUGGUGUAUGAAAUACUGGAUUCUGUUGAAGAUGAACCAGUCGUGUCCACCUCAGAAAGGUCUGUGAGGAGAAGGAGUGCAAGAGGAAAGAAGGAAGACUUCUCUGAGUCAUCUAAAAAAACAAAGGCUGACGAAGAGCCUUCAUAUGAAAUUUUGGACUCUGUGGAAGACGAGAAUAUGGCAGAAGAAACAAACGUUACAACCAGAUCUACCAGAGGCAGAAGAGAAAGAACAACUAAGAAGGAUGCUUUGAUUGACAAGACAAAGAAAGAGGACCUGUCAACGAGGAGGCGGCGCACUCCUGCCAGAGAAACGCCAAAGAAAGAGGAGGAACCUCUAAAAGAAGGCACACCAACAAUGAAGAAGUGUGACAUCACCGUGAGAGAGUCAGGUGAGGAGGAAGCCACCUAUGAAAUAUUGGACUCUGUGGAGGACGAGGUCGUUAAGGAUGAGUGUCCCAUGACGAGGGGAAAAGGAAAAAGGGGACGACCAAAGAAAGAGGUGAAAACCACUAAAAAAGAAACUGCUCUUUCGAAGAAGGGCAGCAAAGAUGCAUCUGAGAAAGAGGCUGCUGAAGAAGAGGUGUCUUAUCAGGUUCUUGAUUCUGUUGAGGAUGAGACGGUUGAUCAGCCUAGGAGUGCAAAAGGGACCAAUAUGUCUAAAAACAUUGAGAAACACAAAAAAGAAAUUCUUCAAGAGGUACCUAAAAAUGAGGAGGAGGAGGAGCCUUUGUAUCAGAUAGUAGAUUCUGUGGAAGAUGAUCAAGUUCUGGAAGAGUCGGUGACUGAGGCAAAAGAUGAGAUCAGUCCACAAGUGGAGGAACCAGCUGGAGGAGCAGAGACAAUAAUGUGUAGCACCGUUGUUGUGGGUGCAUCUGAAGGUGUGGUCCAUGCUUUGGAGAAAGUCAGUGAUGCUUCAUCUGCCGAAGAACCUUUGAGUCUGGAGAAGACGGAGGGAUCACUCAAAGCAGUCGACGAUCACAAAGAGGUAACGUCAACAACAAAGUCCCAAAGAGAAACGCCAGAAGAAGAGAUGAAUGCUCUGGUGAACCUGGAUGAAGUGAGUGAUGAGGAGGAGGAUUACCCAGACGACACGGCUGAAGAAGACCUGAGGAAGAACCAAGCUGUCAAGGAGAAACAGACUACUGCCUCGAGGACGAUGGACAAGAAACGAGGAGAGGAGGUAGAGGUCGACGUGAAGGAGCUGCUGACUUUGGAUGAGGUUGGAGCUGAUGAAGCCGGAGAGGAAGCGACAGCAGCACAGAAUCAAGAGUGGGGCGGCGAGGUCACGACUGGAGAACUGCAGGAGCUCGUCACGCUGGAUGAGUUUGUAGAAGACGAGGAGGACAAGGUUCAGGAGGUCUCACAGAAGGACCGCCCGCCCAACAAAGAGAGCGACUCCUUUAACAUCGAGACUUUGGUGACUUUAGACGUAGCGGGCGACAACGAGGACAAACCUGAGAGGACCUCGAGAUCUGUGAAACGCAAACACGAGGUGGACACGGUCGAGGAGACCGUGGAAUUUGUGACAGUAGACGAGGUGGGAGAAGCUGAGGAGGAGGAAGAAAAAGAAUCGCCAAGAACGAGAGGUCGACCCAAAAGGGAAACCAGGAAAAUCCCCGUGAGAAAAUCUGCAAAGAAUCUGAAAAACAACAGUGCUGAAGACGAAAGACAAGAGCGGGAACCGUCAACAUUAGCGAGGAGUGAGAGUCAACACGAGGAGGUCGAUGCUCCCCCUGCUGGACAACAGCUGCAGUCAGAGAGCCCGAGCAGUGCAGCCGGUCACGUUGUGAGUAAAAGAAAGUCAGAGCUCGUCAGACCAGAAGCGAAAAGAUCUCGUUCUCAGUCUCCUUGUGUCGCUGCCGACUUCAAACUGCCGCCGUUCACUCCCAACAGUCCCCUCGGUCAGGAGUUUGUCGUCCCCAAGUCUGGGUUCUUCUGUAACCUGUGUCGCGUUUUCUACCUGAGUGAGAACACGGCCAAGGAGCUUCACUGCAGUGGUCAGAAGCACUAUGACAACCUGCAGAAACAUUACCAGAAGCUUCAACACCAACAGUCGAGGAGUUCAACACCAAACUCUCACGGUUCCUUUUCUGACUGAUCUAAACUUCACCUUCUGAUCUGUUUCUCUUGUUUGUUUUUUAUUGUGAAAACGGUGAAUGUGGACAAAGGGAAAUAUCUGCUGUCAUACCUGGUAAAUAUUUACACUUCUGCGAUCACGGUAUUAAAACAUGAAGCAGGUUUUAUCAUGAGUUCAGUCAAAUUUCACCAAAUCUUUGCAUUUAACACCACAAAAUGUAUUAUUAUUAUAACAAUAAUGCUAACUGAGUCAAAGUUUGUCCCAUUUAUAAAUAUGUAAAUAAAGUAAAUUGCACAACAUAAACAUCACCUGAACAA